CAGUAAAAAAGAGGGAAAAAAGACGCGUAGAGCCACUGUGAGUGUUGGGUGCAGGCAGUGAACGCCCAGUGACCGCACAGGCCGGUGGGAGGCAGAGGCGUAAGGUUGCCCCGCAAAUUUUUUAGUGACCCAUUGAUAGCUUUUCCUUCCCCUCCCUCAACAUUUCCUCCGGCUCUGAGCAAUCUGUCGACGCUUCACCACCCGCUGUUUCCGUGCAGUUCUUUCUCCUCGUUCUGCCCUCACAAAUCGUCUGUUUGGUGCCGCUGUUUUCACGAUCCCAUCCUCGUCCAUCAUCACAAUCAGUCAAUCAAAAUGGCCGAACCGAUUAAGAACAAGCGGCCCGACCCCGCCGUUGCCCCGUUCGUAUCCAUCUCCCCCAUCUACCCCGCCGUUGUUACGGCCCAACAAGAUUUGGCUUGUGAUCAUGAACUGACCAUUUUGCAUGACGCAGAGGAUCUGGGUGGUGGUGUCACUGCCGCUUCCAUCUUUGCUCACGACCCCCGCCUCGUGUCUCUGAUCCAGGGCCGUCUCGGUUCCCUCGUUGGCAAGUCUUCCGGCUACAUCGAGUCGCUCCCUGCCGAGGUCAAGCGCCGUGUCUCCGGUCUCAAGGGCAUCCAGAAAGAGCACUCCAAGCUCGAGGCCGAGUUCCAGGAGGAGGUCCUUCAGCUCGAGAAGAAAUUCUUCGCCAAGUUCACCCCUCUCUAUGAGCAGCGUGCUGCCAUCGUCAACGGCAAGACCGAGCCCACCGAGGACCUCGUCAAGGCCGGCGAGGAGGAUGAGGACAAGGCGGAGGGCGCCGCUGUCGAGAACAAGGGCGCCACCGACGGCGGUAAGGUCAGCGGUAUUCCCGAGUUCUGGCUCUCUGCCAUGAAGAACCAGAUCUCCCUUGCCGAGAUGAUCACCGACCGCGAUGAGGGCGCUCUCAAGUCCCUGAUCGACAUCCGCAUGGAGUACCUCGACAAGCCCGGUUUCCGCCUGAUCUUCGAGUUCGCUGAGAACGAGUUUUUCACCAACAAGAUCAUCACCAAGACCUACUACUACCAGAACGAGAGCGGGUAUGGCGGUGACUUCAUUUAUGACCAUGCCGAAGGUGACAAGAUCGACUGGAAGGCCGGUCAGGAUCUUACCGUUCGCAUCGAACAGAAGAAGCAACGUAACAAGACCACGAAGCAGACUCGCAUCGUUAAGAAGACUGUCCCAACCGAGUCCUUCUUCAACUUCUUCUCGCCCCCCAAGCCGCCCACCGACGACGACGACGAGGCGGCCGAGGAUAUUGAGGAGCGUCUCGAGCUCGACUACCAGCUCGGUGAGGACAUCAAGGAGAAGCUUAUUCCCCGCGCCAUCGACUGGUUCACCGGCGAGGCCCUCGCUUUCGAGGAGUUGGACGAGGAGGACUAUGCCGAUUUCGACGACGAUGAUGAGGAUGACGAGGACGAUGACAGCGAGGACCACGAUGAUGAGGACGAGUCCGAGGAGGACGAGGAGGAUGGCAGCAAGCCCAAGCAGGAGCCCUCGGAGUGCAAGCAAAGCUAAAUGGUGUAGACUUCUCGCCAACAUGGCCUAGCAUACUUCAUUGAUCGGGCAAUCGCCCCUCCGCCCUCUACCCGGGCCUUUUUUUCACUGGUGUCCCAAUUACACUGCUCAUCAGCAGGCUCCAUUAGGGAGCAAUACGGCGAAUGAUGGACAUGCAGGAGUGCCGAAAUUGAGCUCUGAUUUGUACUUGUUUUUGAGGACAUUUCCGGGUAAUAUGUCUUGUCUUUGCAUGCCCUUUGCGUUUGAUGGCUUCUCCUCGUCUCAGUUUGUUUAUGGGUUUUCAAUUUUCAUUUGUGCGGGUGGGAAGCGAUUGUCUUUUCCCGAGAUGUGAGGGCAUACUAGAAGGCAGACAAAAAGGGGGGCUCACAACUGGGGGCAGGACGAGUCUCGAGCACUGUAUGGGAACACUUGGUAUUAGGUUUAUGGCACCUGAGCCCAGCAGUCAGUAGGCAGUGAAUUCACAUUAUGUAGCAAACUCAUCAACAUCGUGAUCAUCAUGA